AUGAAUUCAAAUUAUCCAUUACCUUAUUUAAUGCUUCAUCGAUUUUGUUUACAAAUAUUACCUAAAAUUCAUGAUAAAAUCAAAUGGUUGAAUCUUGAAUCAUUGUCUAUGAAACGUAUUCUUCUUCCUACAAAUUAUUCUAAUUUAUAUGAACUUGGUUUAUAUGAUCUUGAAAUAGAAAGAGUUAAAAAUCUCAUUAUUACAUCAUUUUCAUUUGUAAAAAAAUUAACUGAAAUUAUUAAAUAUUCUCAUCUAACUCAACUUGAUCUAUUUCAAGCUCACAAAUAUUAUCUUGAACAAGUUUUGCUUGAUACAAAAACAUGUUUACCAAAUAAUGUUCAUCGUCAUAUUGAUUAUCGACCAUUAAAAAAAGUAUCACAUAAUUUUAUAAGAGAUGCAACACGAAUUAAUUGUUCGAAAGUCUGCAUUGCAUAUGAAAAUCAUAUUAUUCGACUUCGAAAACAUUUCAAAAACUAUUUUCUUCAUACAUAUUUACGUUUUCCAUGA